GUGCCGAUUCCCGAUGUUGAAACUCCAACGUGUGAAAACAACAUUUUGUUGGAUCGUCGCGCGGUUUGUAUACUCAGCAGACGAUACGCGCUGACAGCUACGGAAUACAAAUUCCUCGAAAUUGGUAUCAACGUGGGUCCACCGAGCUACGUGGAGAUCGCCAUUGGAGAUCCUCGCCGAGGAAAGGAACUGCUGUUGUCUCUCGAAACGUGGAAGGCGCUAUACGAGCAACGGCAAAAUAUUCAGAAUUUCUUUCGCAAUGACUUCACAGAUAUCCAUAAUUUUAUAAACGUUGGACCGCUAACGGUGAGAGUUUGUACGGUUAAUAACAUCAAACUCAUACGUCUCGAAUCUGCAAACGUAUGCUUGAGAAUGACCGAAUCGACGUUGCAUCGUAUGUUCGAUCUCGAUCGGUGCAUCGAUGCGAGAUUCGAUCAUUUGAUCAGAAUACUUGCGACAGUCGAUGCAAAGUUUGCGCAGUUCUCCGAUAUCGCGUCCACUGUGAAGGAUCCCAAGGAAGCGUCGAAUGUAAUAUACGCUAGCGAUGCGUUCAAUACGAAUCAGAUCAUCGAUU